AUGGUGGAUGUUAGAAGGCUGAAACGGCUAAGAGUAGAGGUUGAAAUAAAUUCUGUUUCUAAGUACUUCAAAAAGGAGGAAGAAGCAACGUUAAAGGAUUUAGAGAGUUUUACAAGUGAUGAGCAAGUUGACUUCGAUAAAGUCCGUGGAAUGAAAUCUAAGGAGUUCUUUGAUUAUAUAGACAACCGAACAUUUGAUGGUAUAUCUGAUAAUUUUACCACAAAGAAUUGUGAUGCUUUCCCGAAGAACUUUGUAUCUAUAUAUUCAAAAGUUCGACUGAUGCGAAGCAAAAUAGUAACACCAGUAGAUACUGUAGGAUGUGCGAUGAUGCCAAUUAAUAUUAGUGCGAAAUUCGGUAUUGAAAAGUAUGAUAUACGACCGCAAAUAUAUCGGUUACAGCUUUUGGUGUCUCUGAUGAUGUCUUCCCAAACUAAAGAUGAGAUGAAUGCGAAAGCCUUGUACAAUUUGAUGAAGUACUCAAUAGAAACUAUGAAAAGUACAGAAGGAGUCACGCUUGAUGUACUACUUAACAUUGAGCAAAGUGUAUUGGAGACUUUAAUCCACCCAGUAGGAUUUCAUAGAAAAAAGUCAAGGUAUAUUAAGGAAGCUGCACAACUCCUGCUGAACAACUUUGGGGGAGACGUGCCCACUUCGAUAGAGGGAUUUUGUUCUUUACCCGGAGUAGGACCUAAAAUGGGAUACUUAGCACUGCAAAAGUCAUGGGGAAUAGUUGCGGGAAUUGGAGUGGAUGUACAUGUUGACCGUUUAUCUAAGAUGUGGCGCUGGGUAGACUCUAAAAAGUGUAAAACACCAGAACAUACCCGUAAAGCGCUUGAGUCCUGGCUGCCUCGUGAUCUUUGGUACGAAUUUAAUCCGGUAUUAGUUGGUUUUGGUCAAGUGAUUUGCUCAGCACGAGGAAGGCGAUGCGACAUAUGCCUUGCAAACACUAUCUGCGAUAACGUCGAUAGAAAGCUUGUUAAUUCCAGCAAAUUGGACGUGAAUGAAAUACUUAGUCGUGGUGACCAUUCGAAGCUGCUACUGCACUUACAGGAACUGCAAAAUGAAACAGAAGGUUAA